AUGGAGGAGCUACGGCGAAUCGGAGAAGUGCUGGGCUCCCUCAAAACCCUAAUGGCCUUCCAAGACGAUAUCGCCAUUAACAGGCGCCAGUGCUUCCUCCUGGCCGACGCCCUCAAUCUCACCUUCGAGGUGGUCUCAGAGGAAAUCCGGGAGAACCUGAGCUUCGACGAGAGGCUGACCAAAUGGGGAGCUCUGCAACACCCCCUGAGGGAGCUCCACAGGAUCUGCAUGGAGGCCGAGCACUACGUCCGCCAUUGCAUGGAGGGCAGAGACUGGUGGGCCAGCGUCAUCGUCUCCCUCGGCCACACCGCCGACUGCGCCGAGCUCCACCUCCACAACCUGCUCUCCUGCCUCCCGGUGGUCGUGGAGGCCGUGGAGGCCGCCGGCGAGAUCGCCGGCGGCGACCAGAAGGAGAUCCACCGGAGGAGGUUCAUCUUCUCCAAGAGGUACGAGAGGGAGUGGAUGGAGCCCUCCCUCUUCCAGCGCCAGUUCGGGCGGCGCCGCCUGGUUUCUCCGAGCUUCUGCGCAGCGAUGGCCGCCGCCGGGAGAGAAGAUCGGUGGGCCCUCCUCGAGGCCGUCGCUGCCAAGAGAGGCGGCGGCCGGCUGGCGGAGCUGGUAGAAGGGUCAAAGGAGAAGCUCUUCCCCAGCUCAAUCCUCGUGGCUGCCAAGGACUACCAGGUGAGGCGCAGGCUGGGGAGCGGCAGCCAUUACAAGGAGGUCCACUGGAUGGGGGAGAACUUCGCCGUAAGGCACUUCUUCGGCGACAUAGCACCGCUGGUGCCGGAGAUACUCAGCCUCUGCUCGCUGGCCCACCCCAACGUGAUACCCAUCCUCUGCGCCUUCUCCGACGAGGAGAGGAAGGAGUGCUUCCUCCUCAUGGAGCUCAUGCAGAAGAGCCUCUGCAGCCACAUCAAGGAGCUCUCCGGCCCGCGGCGGCGACGCCCGUUCGCCCUCCCGGCGGUCGUCGACGUCAUGCUGCAGAUCGCCAGAGGCAUGGAGUACCUCUACUCCAGGGGGAUUCCCCACGGGAAUCUGAGCCCCUCUGCCAUCCUCGUGAAGGGGAGCUCCGACGGCCACCUGCGGGUGAAGGUCGCCGGCGUGGGGCUCUCCUCGGUGAAGAACCCCAAAUCUGGCGGCGGCGGGGGCGACCGCUGCAUCUGGCUGGCCCCGGAGGUGCUGCUCGAGGAAGAAGAGCACGGAAGAAAGCUACCAGCGGGGGGCUCCGCGAGGUACACGGAGAAGGCCGACGUGUACAGCUUCGCCAUGAUAUGCUUCGAGCUCCUGACGGGGAAGGUGCCCUUCGAGGACGGCCACCUGCGGGGGGAGAAGAUGAGCAGGAACAUCAGGGCAGGAGAGAGGCCGCUCUUCCCCUUUCCCUCCCCGAAGCACCUCACCGGACUCACCAAGAAGUGCUGGCAGGCCGACUCGUCGCAGCGCCCGAGCUUCUCCGCCAUCUGCAGGGUCCUCCGCUGGGUCAAGCGUUCCCUCCUCCUCAACCCCGAAGCCGCGACGGCGACGGCGGCGGCGGCUGAUUACCUGGAGAUGGACGCCGCCCUGGCAAGGAGAUUUCCCGGGUGGGUCAAACCGGAGACGAUUCAGAUCCCGUUCCAGAUGUUCGCCUAUAAGGUCAUGGAGAGGGAGAAGGAGAGGAGCUCUGAGUCUGGCAGCGAAGGGGCGUCCGUCUGCGGGGACGAUAACCUGUCCGAGGAGCUCCUCUCUUCUACGCCGUCGUCUCUCCCACUCUGCUCCGAGCUCGGGAAGGCGGCGCCGGGGAAGGAGGAGGACCGAAGGGCCAGCAUGGGAUCAUCGUCGUCAUGGGCGGGGCAGAAGCUGAAGGCGAAAGCGGCAAGGCCGCCGCAGCUAGGGCCAUGCGCUGCCAUGCGGACCAACUCGGAGAACCAACUGCAGCCGAUCAUGGCGAGCCCGGGGCGGCGGCGGUCCUCCGGGCACGCCUCCGAUUCAGACAUAGCCUGA